AGCACUCAUUUAUUUAUUCAAACAUGUUAGAACUUAAACCUCAUUUAAAUGCCAUUGCAUUAGACAUCAAAUAGCUGUCACGUAAUGUGUUAUAGAAAACACGGGAGAAGGAACCAAUUGCAGGUAAGCCGUUUAUUAUAAGGGUAAUCCAAGAGAGUAAACAGUCCAGGCAGGGUCAAAACCAGAGAAACCAAAUCAGAACAUAAACAAGACAUAAACACAAGGCAAGACACGAAUGACGGGCAUGAGUAAUACAUAACAUUAAACAAGGACUCCGUAACACAGACUAAGACAGACUGGGUAUUUAUACACAGAAGGAUAAUGAGGGAACAAGAGAAUGGUGGGGGACAAUCAAUUAACUAAACAAGGAGGAAGGUGACCAUAUAAGGGAACAGGAAGUGAUCUGGGACAGACACCGUGAGAAGGAGGACAUCUAGUGGAACCCCGGGGAACAACAACCCAGACACUGUGACAGUACCCCCCCUCUACGGAGCGGCUCCCAGACGCUCCAAGACAAAACAUGACACAGAGAUCAGGAGGGAGGCGGAUAGGUGGAGGCUCAGGGGGAGGGACGGAGGGCUGGAAAAGGAACACAUGGGGGACAAACACCAGAAAUCUAAACAUAAAACAGGGAGACCAGGAGGGAGGAGGACCGGAGGAGGUACAAGGGGAGGGAUGGAGGGCCAGAAAAACUAAGGGGAACAGACAGGAACAUCACAGAACUCUAAUACACAAAACAGAAGUCCAUAAAGGGCAUGUUGAGGCGCCCACCAGGGCGGAGCGGAAGGCCACCACGGCCUUGUGGUCAAAGUCAAAGCCCUCCAGGGCUGGAACAGCAACGGGCACUGCCUCGACCUCGGACACCACCUCGGCCUCCGGAACAGCCUCGGCAUCGGGUGCCACCUCGGCCUCUGGAACAGCGUCGGGCACCGCCUCGGCCUCUGGAACAGCAACGGGAACCGCCUCGGCCUCCGGAACAGCCUCGGCAUCGGGUGCCACCUCGGCCUCUGGAACAGCGUCGGGCACUGCCUCGGCCUCCGGAACAGCAUCGGGCACUGCCUCUGCCUCCGGGACAGCAUCGUGCACCUUAUCUGGAGACUCAGGGUUUGAGUCGGCCAUCUUGUGCUGUGGCGCUGGGCUGGCGGCCAUCUUGUGCUGUGGCGCUGGGCUGGCGGCCAUCUUGUGCUGUGGCGCUGGGCUGGCGGCCAUCUUGUGCUGUGGCGCUGGGCUGGCGGCCAUCUUGUGCUGUGGCGCUGGGCUGGCGGCCAUCUUGUGCUGUGGAGCUGGGCUGGCGGCCAUCUCGUGCUGUGGCACUGGGCUGGCGGCCAUUUUGUGUUGUGGCGCUAGAUUGGCGGCCAUCUUGUACUGUGGCGCUGGACCGGUGGCCAAUUUGGGCAUUGGCGCUGGGUUAGCGGCCAUCUUGUACUGUGGCGCUGGGCUGACGGCCUUCCUGGGCAGUGGUGCUGGGCUGACGACCACCCUGCCGGAAGAGACAGGAGUGGCUGGGGCAUCCCACCGACACCGAAACUGCAGGUAGCGCACAAAUUCCCAGAACUCCAGCGUCUCCAACUGCGCCAUCUCUUCCUGAGGCACUGGAUCAUCCAGCCCGCCAUUGAAGUGGUCCUUAAGGGCCGUAUCAUUGUAUCCCAUGCCUUCAGCCAGGGACCAGAACACUUGAGCCAGGGCACCCACUUCGUUGCCCUCUUGACGGAGGGCGGUCAACCGAAGAAACUUGACCCGCCUCUCCGCCAUCUUGGCUGGGGAAAGGAAAAGUGACAUACCGCUGGUUCCUACGUGGACGGAGUCCUUCUGUCACGUAAUGUGUUAUAGAAAACACGGGAGAAGGAACCAAUUGCAGGUAAGCCGUUUAUUAUAAGGGUAAUCCAAGAGAGUAAACAGUCCAGGCAGGGUCAAAACCAGAGAAACCAAAUCAGAACAUAAACAAGACAUAAACACAAGGCAAGACACGAAUGACGGGCAUGAGUAAUACAUAACAUUAAACAAGGACUCCGUAACACAGACUAAGACAGACUGGGUAUUUAUACACAGAAGGAUAAUGAGGGAACAAGAGAAUGGUGGGGGACAAUCAAUUAACUAAACAAGGAGGAAG